AAAAACUAUCACAACCACUUCAUCAGAUCACAUGUCCAACUUACCAGAGACAGUGCUACGUUGUUACAGCUCCUGCUUUUAGAAUCCAAUAUUUGAGAAGAGAAGUCAUAUGAUUUCCUUUUUCUGGUGUUGCUCCUAAAAUUUGCUAAUUGUCUUGUCUUUUACUCACCUCAGUUCUUCCCUCAGAUUAUUGUGUUUAAAAUUCCAUGGUUAGUGAAUCAUCAAUUAAUACCAUUUUCAGACAGUCAUGUUUAGAGUUUCCAUGUGCUCCUUUGUUGCAUUUCCACUGAGCUCUGUUUCUACUUUAGAUAUCGUGUGUCUUUUUGUUAUCUUUGUUACUUUGCCAAACAUAUAUGUGUUCACUGUUCUACUUUUGCAUUUGUUGUUUUAAACACUUACAUUACUUUACCUGAUUUAUUUAUUAUUGUACAUAUUCUUUUUAUCCCCCUCUCUGACUCUCAUUAUAUGCCAUACUAUUUUGGAAACAGCAUCAAGAUCUCUUUCUAACAGCAAGCUGAUCAGAUGUGCUACGGAGCUAAUCUCACUGUGGGAUGUGACUGGAAUAUGAUUAUAAUCUUAAAAUGUAAACUCAUCUGAAACUGUCCAAAGUAUAGUCUAUGACCUUCUCUUCUGAUCUGCACUUCUUUAUUAUGCCGUAGACAUAAUUCCUCUGUUAUCAGCUUCUACAUUUUUAGGCUUUUUUAUCUUUUGUAGCAGUAUUUAAGUUUGGUAUAUCUUUAACUUUUGACAUCAGAUUGACAACAGAAACACAGAAUCAGAAUUUUGAAAUGUUCAAAACUAGUCCAAAACUAUUUUUACCAAAUCCAUACAGGGUUUAAAGAGUAAUUUACAUAAUGCCAGGAGAUUAUAAACAUUCAUCAGCAGUUGGUUUAACCACAUUGUGUAUCUAGGAUUUAGAUGAUUAGAUUGCAUUUGAUCAUCAAUAAUUAGAAAAUUAAAUAAAUAAAAAUCAAAAUAAGCACAUUUAGCCAACCUCUUGGCACAUCAUGUGUGUGUAAAUGCACAAACUGGUAAUGAUGUAUUUGGAUUAACCUCCUUCCUGUACCUCAUCUUCCACCUCCUCCUCUUCUCUUUCCCCAAAUCCUCGCUGGAAUCUUAUUCCCUUCUUAGAGCUCUGAAAUGACAGUGAGCUCUUGUCCUGUGAUUCUUAAACACUGUGCUCAACUGUAUAGAGCAGAGGUUUGUCUGUGGAACUCAGUUUCUUCAACUUAUCGCAGCAAGAGAGCUCAUUUUAAUCUGGCUCUAAUGCAUAUUGCCAGUUACUUUACAGUAUGUGAAGGCCCAGCAGAAAGAGGAAGAAACUACUACAAUUCUAGACAAUGUCCUUCUAUAGUUACACACUUAAGCUCUUUCUAAUACAGUAUGUUUUUUUCUUUAUGUUCAUAUUUGUGGUUUGUGUGAUACAAAGUUUUACUUUCACCCUAUAGAACUUGAGAAGGCCUUACCCUGAACAUGGCAUGUACUCGUCCUGUAAUUGGAUACGCACUUAUGAGAUGGAAACCUCGAGAUCUGUUAUCUAUCAACAGCUAUGCUUUUUUAUGCUCAGUGACUGGAAGGAAGGUUGUUUCAAGACAAAAAGCUGGAUCUUGACAGCAGAGGUCGGCCAACCAAAAACAAAUGCAAAUAAUGUGUUUACUUACUAAACGUUUUCAAUGAUAGUUUGUUUUGUUUAUUUCUUCUUGGUGUCUGAUACUGUAUCAAACAGCUACAAUGCAGUUUAUUGGACAAACUUGUUUAAGCUGAUAUAGUGGACUAAAAGUGAGGAGACUAUUACUCCAGGCAUACAUGCAAUUUAAUUUUUGUUUGUUUAAUUCACUUAGCAGAAAUACUGUAAGGAUAACAUUAGGGAUGGCUACCUAAGCAAGCUACAGUAGGUGGCUCCACACCAGCUAAAGAGACCUGACUACCUGAUAGCAGAAUGACGUGGAGCAGAUAUUCCAGUUCAGUCAACUUCACAUUACAUAAAUAUUUUAUAAUUAUGACUAGAUGAGGUCAGUUACAACCAAAACAUACUGUAAGAAUUUGUAGAGGAAGACAGACUGCACUACAGUAAAUGUUAAGCUUUGUACUGUAGAUAACGAUCAGAAAACCAAUGCUUGCAAUUUGUAAUUAAAUCCUGAACACUGUUCACUGCAAGUCUGCAUGCUGCAAAAGAGUAAAGAGUUAAUUAAUGUUAAUCAGAGUAUUAAUGUAAGAUUGCUUUGAAGAUUUACUUUAUACUUAAGCCUAUUUUCUUUUGCAACACAGAUGCUGUGCAUUGUUUUUCCACCGCUGUCACUCAUUAACAUCAACAAAAAAAACAGCAAAGGCAGCACUUAUGCAUAAUAUUUACUUAAACCAGAAGCUUUAUCAGAGCAGCACCACUGAAGUAGUCAUGGAUGUGACCCCAUUGGUCUUUGAUUUUGUAGCUAAAUGGCCCACAUCCACACAGCCAUUUAAAACUCCUUAAGGAUAAUCUUACCCCCCUGGAUAUACAGUACCUCUUUUAUAGGGAUUUAGACAAACGUGACUGUAUAGGGCUGAUGAGAAUAAUUUCAUGCUCUUGUGUUCAAUCACAUUACUAAUGACUUUCCUAUAAACUCUCAGUUGGCUACAGAAAUAGGAUUGGUAUAGAUAUUACUAAAGCUUUUAAUAACUGUCAUUUUGUGUUUUUGCUUGGGAAGAGCAAAGCCUUCACUUCAAAUUUAGCCCCAAUUUAUGCAUUGCAGAUAGGCUUACAAAUAAGAAAAUAGAUGUGGGUUGGUAUUUCAGGCUAAACAAGCUUUUAAACCAAAUAAAUAUAAAUAAUUUUACCACUACUGACAUGCAACAUACAACAUAACUAAAGUUAAAUUUAGCACCUAUUCAUGGCCUAACAAACCCUUAGCAAAAUAUAAUGUUUGGGCCCUUAAAUAAGAUGCCUGUAAAUAUAAACUAAACUACCUGAAUUGAAUAGACACAUUUUACAAAUGCUAACUACUACCUAUAGUUGUAAUUAUGUUUAUAUUCAUAUACAAUUAUAAUUGUAUACAAUAUUUUAUAUUUAUAUUUUAUAUAUAUAUUACAGGGAGCAAAGUACUAGAUGUAGAACUAACUAAAAGAGGCCAUUUACAGACUAAACAGACUGUAAGCGAUUGUCAGUGGAUUAUGUGGUUGCGUACAGCAGCAGUACUGUAGAGGUAAGAAGUGUGCUGAAUUGCACCGGUGAUGGAAAGAGGUGAGGAGAGGCACAAGGUCCUGGGGAGCUGACUCCUAUGUUAAGUAAAAUAUAGUUUCAUACACCUGGCGAGAACAGAGGCUACCACAAUCCAGCUAUGAUUAAUCAGAUUGGUCAUGAAUGUUCUACAGCAGGUUAUCAAAUACAGCAGCACAAUGAGCCAGGUAGACAGAGAAGAAUGGAGGCCCGAGGUCCAAGGGUUAAUACACUGGGCAGGUGACAGAAGGCUGGAAAGUGACAAUACACCAUCCGGCAGACUGGCUGAUGUGUAUAGUAAUGGGAAACUAAUGUACAUGAUAGAUUGCUAAUGAGACAGAACAGAUAUGAAGAAAUUAAAAAGUAGUAGCCAAGGAAAAGGUAAAAAAAAAAACAACAAAAGGCAAGGCCAGGAGGUCAGAGGUCAUUCAUUCCAGAAGUAACAAAUAACCUCGUUAUUUGUAGCCUUGGAGAGAACACCAAAGGCCAAAGCAGGUGCACUGCAAUGACAGGAGCAAACACUCCCUCCAAUGACAGGACCCACCACAAAACUUGUCUAGACAUGUGAAAAAAAAUAAAACAACCAAACUAUGAAGACUUAUGGCAUAGUACGUCCUAAUUACACCAAGACGAAACACAUACUCUAUGAAAAACUAUUAAUGUUGCAUGUUAAGCUACAUGGUAAGACACAAUUAAAAUAAAUUUUAAAAAUACUGUAGCAACUAAAAAUAUUUUCCAUAUUGUUCAUGUAUGCCAGCAGCAGUGCCAUAGUCUCUGAAUGCCACAUUUCUCUGAGCUCUGUGAUACCGCAGAACUCACAGCUCCAGGAGUUUCACACACAGUUUUCACUGUCUGCUGAGAGUGAAUCUGAGGCUGCACCAGUAAGUGUUACAUAGCUGCUUUCAUGUCAGGUAUGAGAGGGCGCCUCAUAUGCUGGAUACUUCUCAGUUAGUACUGAAAGCUCUAGUCUCUCUUCUGACAUUUAAAAGGAAUUAGAAGUAUUAUUUGUGUAUCUACAAAAUGACUUUUUAAAGCUCAGUGGAGGCAAGAUCACAGACAGCUGAGCUAAUUCCCUCUGACUGGCAGUGCAUACUUACAUAACUGUGUAACGAAUGCUUCUGAAGGGAAAAUUGAACUUAGUCUGUUUGAGAGGGGAAAAUAAAGCGGACAGGCAUCUGGAGACCUGCGUGCCGUGUGACAGCUUAUUUAGCUUAUUCAGGGCAUAUGCAGUUUUCAGUGUGGUUGAUUGUGGUGGCUGUGGUGCUGUUGGUGGUGCAGGAUGUGCAGGGCUGUCCUGACAUGUGUAAAUGCACUAGGAAGUCAAGUCCAGAAAAGUCAGAGGUCAACUGUCAUAAGCGAGGCCUUGAUAAUUUUCCAUCCAAUCUGCCCAAAGAUGCCUGGGUCCUCCACCUCGGUGAGAAUGGCAUUGUAAACCUCAAGGCUGGUGCUCUGAAACCUGUUCCACGGAUUGAGAGUAUCAAUCUGGAACGAAAUGCCAUUAAGGUUAUCCACUCCCGAGCCUUUUUCGGUGCAAAGCAGCUGAUGCUUUUAAAUCUUAAUGACAAUCACAUAACAAACCUCCCCCCAAGAGGAUUCCAGCACCUCCUGAAUCUUCGCUUCCUUAUGCUGGGACAGAACCAGAUUAGAAACCUCAGACCUGAAACAUUUCUUGGCAUGAAGAACUUGUCAGAUCUGGAUCUUCCGCAGAACCGGCUAACGACACUCCAGCCUAAUGUCUUCAAGUCUCUUAUCAUCCUCAGAGUUCUGGAUUUAUCCCUGAAUCGUUUACACAACAUCAGUCCCAAGGCCUUUACUGGACUUAGACAGCUCAUGUUCCUCAACUUGGACAAUAACAGGCUGAAGAUCAUUCCUGCUGGAGCAUUCAGGCCACUGCAAUCUCUGGAAAUGCUAGUUUUGGACAACAAUUUCCUUUCCAACCUAAGUCGGUCAACUCUGGAAGGUCUUGGCAAUUUGCAGGAAUUCUACCUGAGGAACAAUAAACUGGAGCACCUGCCGCCUGAUGUAUUCAGGGACAUGCCCAAGCUUUCUCAACUAGCUCUCAGCGGAAAUCGCUUCAAGACAGUAGAUGGAAACGUGUUUGCCCAUAUGCCUGAACUGAAGAGACUGUAUUUCCAUGACAACCCAUGGCAGUGUGACUGUAACAUCGACUCCUUUGUUCGCUGGAUGGGGCACACUAAGGUGUCUCUUUCACCCCUGAGGUGUGCAGGUCCUCCAGAAGUCUGGAACAAGAUUCUCAGCAGUCUCCAAGCCUCCAAAAUGCCCUGCCCUGCCUAACACCAGAAAUAUAGAGCCAAGUCCAAAGGCAUUGGCUCAGGAACAUGGAGAUCUAUAUUUCUAUGUUUUAUUUUCCUUUGGGGGAGUUUGAGAGAGAUUAGUGCUUUUAUUCGAAAGUUACUUGAAUAGCAUUUCAUUACUACUGCAAUGUAAUCAAUAGAUUUCCGCAAAGGAUAAUAUACUCUACUAUAUACUAGCAGCAUAUUGAUGUUACCAUGAACACAAUAAAAAACUACAAAGCACAA